AUUAAUAUUGCACUGUAACAAUCUGUUCAUAAAAUAUAACGAUCUUUAAUUGAACUGCAUAUACAUAUCACCAUCACCAUAUCUCUGUGCAUAUCUUCUACGGAGUAUUCCGAGUAUAUCUUGACGUACGCGUAUAAAUUUACUGUUUCGGCAACUGGAUUGAUAUCUCCUUCUUCUUCUCCGUCGUCAGAAUUUCGACGGCGUUGGAUAUUUGGGGAAUGAGAAGAGAAGUGGUAUAAUGAUUAUGGUUUUAGGAGAAUUCAUAUAUAUAGCCUCAUAAGUUGAGGGAAAGUAAAUGGAUACAGCAAGGAGUUGGUUCCAGAAGUUCCAAUCACGGGAACGUUUGAGGGCGUCAAUCAAGAAGAAGGAUUCAAUGGGUGGUGGAGUAGAAGAUUCUAAGCAUAUAUCAGCUGAAGAAGCCUCCAGUAUUACCAAACAGAAAGUUGCUGCAGCGAAGCAAUACAUAGAGAAUCAUUACAAGGAGCAGAUGAGGAUUCUGAAGGAGAGAAAGGAGCGCCGAAUUUUACUGGAAAAAAAGCUUGCUGAUGCUGAUGUCUCAGAAGAAGAUCAAAGUAAUCUUUUGAAGUUUUUAGAGAAGAAAGAAACUGAAUAUAUGCGACUUCAGAGGCGUAAAAUGGGUGCUGAUGAUUUUGAGUUGCUGACAAUGAUAGGAAAGGGUGCAUUUGGGGAGGUCAGGAUUUGCAGGGAAAAGACAACCGAUCAUGUGUAUGCUAUGAAAAAACUGAAAAAAUCAGAAAUGCUUCGCAGAGGCCAGGUGGAGCAUGUGAAAGCUGAAAGGAAUUUGCUUGCAGAGGUUGACAGUAAUUGCAUUGUUAAACUGUAUUGUUCUUUUCAAGAUCAAGAGUAUCUAUACCUUGUCAUGGAAUAUCUACCCGGUGGAGAUAUGAUGACCUUACUUAUGAGGAAGGAUACUUUAACUGAAGAUGAGGCAAGAUUUUAUGUAGCAGAGACUGUCUUGGCUAUUGAAUCAAUUCAUAAACAUAAUUAUAUACAUAGAGAUAUCAAGCCCGAUAACCUGCUACUAGAUAGAUAUGGCCAUCUAAGACUAUCGGAUUUUGGACUAUGUAAACCUUUAGAUUGUAGUACCAUACAAGAGGGGGAUUUCUCAGUGGGAGAGAAUCCCGGUGCGGGUUCAAAAGGCUAUGACCAAACUGCUGCUCCAAAACGCACUCAGCAAGAGAAACUACAACAUUGGCAGAAAAAUAGGAGGACACUUGCUUAUUCCACUGUGGGUACACCGGAUUAUAUUGCUCCAGAGGUUUUGCUGAAGAAAGGUUAUGGGAUGGAAUGUGACUGGUGGUCACUUGGUGCUAUAAUGUAUGAAAUGCUUGUGGGCUAUCCACCUUUUUAUUCCGAUGAUCCCAUGUCAACAUGUAGGAAGAUAGUAAACUGGAAAUCACAUCUGAAGUUUCCUGAAGAAGCAAGGCUAUCUCCUGAAGCGAAAGAUCUUAUCAGCAAACUGCUUUGUAAUGUCAGCCGCAGGAUUGGGACGAAGGGUGCAGAUGAAAUAAAGGUCCAUCCCUGGUUUGAAGGAAUCGACUGGGACAGAAUAUAUGAGAUGAAAGCUGCAUUUAUACCCGAAGUCAAUGACGAGUUGGAUACACAAAACUUUGAAAAGUUCGAAGACUCUGAUUCCCAAACCGUUGCUUCAUCAAAAUCGGGCCCAUGGAGAAAGAUGCUGCCAUCUAAAGACGUUAAUUUUGUUGGGUACACGUACAAAAACUUUGAGAUAGUCAACGAUUAUGAAGUUCCCGGAAUGGCUGAAUUGAAGAAGAAAAGUACCAAACCGAAGAGGCCAACCAUAAAGUCACUCUUCGAGGACGAGUCAGAAACAUCGGAGACGUCUAGUCAGCAAUCGCAAGGUAGCGUUAUGGAUCUCUUGCCUCCUCAGCUUGAACAUUCGGAGUCACAGAACAAGAACAGAUAAUCGUGCUCUGCUCUCCAAACCACGUGUUGUUGUCGAGUUGCAUUAAACCCUUAAAACCAAUGUGAAUUCUAGACAAGUGAGUCACUUCUUCGGGAACUCAACCGGUGACAGUUUUGAUGCCAAAACGAAGUUCAGAAAAGCCGCUGCAUAUAAAGCAUCCAUGAUCCACCAUGGUCAAUCUCCCUGGGCCGAAAUCGCACUAAUGCUUUUCUUUUAGUGGAUAGCUUAGCGCCAAUAAUCUGUGUUUAGAAAACCAUCUCUCUCUCUCUCUAUGUUUGAAAGCCACAGUUUCAGUGUAAGACAAGUAUAGAAAUCAAAUUCUAGCUGUUAAAUUUACAAAAUUUGUGACAGAGCAGA